AUGGCGCCUCUCCGGACGAUUUUGACAACGAUCUUGUUGCUGUUCGGCUCACUGGCAGCCGCCAACUCGAACGACCAUGGCCAUCAGAAAGGAAAAUGGGUCGAUAUCUGGGCCUCCAUGCCGCAGCUUACUGAAUCGGCGAAUUUGCCCCCAAUACCAUUUAACGACACAGGCGUAGUCUUCCAGAACAGUACCAUCCGGCAGACCGUUCGCGUGACUCUUGCCGCCCCCAUCGUCCGCCUGCAGAUCUCCAAUGCCUUCGGGGUCUCCGACCUGCCAAUCACGUCGGCAUCGAUCGCUCUGCCUCUGAACGGAUCCUCCGGGACUUCAGCCGUCAAGGCAUCGUCAGUCAGGCCCUUGACCUUCUCUGGAGGUAACACGCACUACACGAUCCCACAAGGCGCACUCGCAGUCACGGACCCCGUCUUUGACUUCCCCGUCUCUGCCGGCACGAUUGUGACCAUCUCGCUGUACCUAGCAGACGGCCAGACGACGAAUCUCAUCACAUCUCACCCGGGAAGCCGGACGACAUCGUACUUUGUGCGCGGGAACAGCGUCAACGCGAGCGAUCUCCAGAUCUCGGACCCGAGCACCCAGAAAGCGGACCAUUGGUACUUCAUCUCCACGCUCUCGGGCUACGUCGCCCCGCCAUCUUCGGGCUCCAUCUCGGGCGCUCUGGCGAUCGUAGGCGACAGCAUAACCGACGGGCGCGGCAGCACGACCAACGGCAACAACCGGUGGCCAGAUGUGCUGUCCGCGCAUCUGCAGUCCCGCCGCGCGACAUCGGGCAUAUCGGUGCUCAACCUCGCGGCCGGCGGCAACAGGGUUCUCCACGACGGCCUGGGGCCCAACGCGCUGUCGCGGAUCGACCGGGACGUCCUCGGCGCCGGCAGCGUGAGGUACGCCCUGGUCUUCGAGGGCGUGAACGACAUCGGCACGGCGGCGACAGACGCGGCAUCGCAGCAAGACGUCGGGGCGCGGCUCAUCGCCGCGUACGAGCAGAUCAUCACCCGCGUGCACGCCAGGGGGAUCCCGAUCUUCGGGGCCACCAUCACGCCGUUCAGCGGGCCGGGACAGACAUACUCCGAUCCGGAGCGCGAAAAGACACGGCAGAGGGUCAACGGGUGGAUUCGUGGGUCGGGACGAUUUGAUGCAGUAGUGGACUUCGAUACACUGGUGAGGAAUGCUACGCAGUCGGAUCAGUUGAGCGAGCUGUACAAUGUGGGUGAUUAUUUGCAUCUGAACCCUGAUGGAUAUAAGGCCAUGGGCGAAGCGGUAGAUUUAGCAUUGUUCGAGAGGUUUGGGGAUGGCGUCUAUGGAAUUUUGUGA